AUGAAGCUUCUUCAACUUGCCGCCCUGGUGGCUUCCAUUAGCCCAUUCGCUAACGCAGCAGACGCAAACGCCUGGAAGUCGCGAAACAUUUACUUUGCCCUCACAGAUCGUGUUGCGCGCAGUGAUAGCGAUAGCGGUGGCAAUGCCUGCAGCAAUCUCGGAAACUAUUGUGGCGGAACCUUCAAGGGUCUUGAGGCCAAGCUGGACUACAUCAAGGGCAUGGGAUUCGAUGCUAUCUGGAUCACUCCCGUUGUUGAGAACACGGAUGGUGGAUACCACGGAUACUGGGCCAAGGAUCUGUAUGAGGUGAACGCGAAGUAUGGAACCAAGGACGACUUGAAGAGUCUGGUCAAGACUGCACACAGCAAGAACAUCUAUGUUAUGGCCGAUGUGGUAGCAAACCACAUGGGUAAAGGCAUCCAGGAUCACAAACCUGAGCCGCUCAACCAACAGAGCUCUUACCACUCUCCUUGCGCGAUCGACUACAACAACCAGAACAGCAUCGAGCAGUGUGAGAUUGCCGGCCUUCCUGAUCUCAACACCGGCAGCGCCACAGUUAAGAAGGUCCUCAAUGACUGGAUCUCAUGGCUUGUCACCGAAUACAGCUUCGAUGGUAUCCGUAUCGACACCGUCAAGCACGUUGAGAAGAGCUUCUGGCCUGAUUUCCAGAAGGCGGCCGGUGUCUAUGCCAUUGGCGAAGUCUGGGAUGGAAGCCCAGAUUACCUCGCUGGCUACUCAAAGGUCAUGCCCGGUCUGUUGAACUACGCCAUUUACUACCCCAUGAACCGCUUCUAUCAGCAGAAGGGUGACCCAUCUGCCGUGGUCGACAUGUACAACGAGAUCAGCCAAAAGUUCGAUGACCCCACGGUUCUCGGAACGUUCAUAGACAACCACGAUAACCCUCGAUGGUUGAGUCAGAAGAACGACAAAGCCCUCCUCAAGAAUGCUCUCGCCUAUGUUAUCCUCUCCCGCGGCAUUCCCAUCGUCUACUACGGUACCGAGCAGGGUUACGCUGGAGGUAAUGACCCUGCCAACCGCGAGGAUCUCUGGCGCAGCAGCUUCAAGACAGACUCGGACCUUUACCAGACUAUCUCAAAGCUCGGAAAGGCCCGCUCUGCUGUUGGCGGUCUCGCAGGAAAUGACCAGAAGUUCCUCAAGUCCAAUGACAGCGCACUCAUCUGGAGCCGUGCUAAUAACGAUCUGAUCGUGGUGACCAUGAACCGAGGACAGGGAUUCUCUGGACAAUACUGUUUCAACACUGGCGCGAACAACAAAACGUGGGACAGAGUGCUAGGCCAGGGCACUGUCAAGUCUGACGGCAACGGCCAGCUUUGUGUCAGCUACACAAACGGCGAACCUGAGGUUCUUGUUGCGGCCAACUAG